AAAGGGGAGUCUAUAUACAAUGUGUGCAACAGGCAUGAGGAGGUAGGCGAAUAAUUACAAUAUUGCAGAUUAACACUGGAGUGAUAAAUGAUCAGAUGAUCAUAUACAGGUAGAGAGACAUUAUGGCUUAACAAUGAUCAGCAUUCACACUGUAUCCGGGCCAUUAUCCGAUGCUUUAUUGAAUUAUAUAAUAGCCGCCUAAUUUGGCAGAAUAUCUUUGUUGCACACAUUAGAGAUAUUGUUGCCAAGUACCUCAACUCGUCCAUGGAGUUGAGUGCAGACUAUAAAUGAACCUCUGACUCGCGAUAUGAGGAUACUUUUUUUUUUUUAAAUGUAAUUCUUAAACCAUUAUCAUGUACCUAUGUUUGUCCUCUGUUGUUGCGUGCCUUUCUUUGUUUGCUGAAAUCAAACAAACAAAAAAUCUAAUGAAACGUUAUUCAAAUACAACCACUGACUGUUUCCUCAUUGCUGGUGCUCUAAGAUGGCAACUCAGCCGCGAAUGCCAAUUGAAUCUCAACAAGGAAAACAUCGGUGGUUGUAUUUGAUUCACGUUUUAUAAAAAAAUGUAUGGAUUUCAGCAAAAAAAUGCACGCAACAAAGGACAGACAUAGGUGGACCUACAAGUCACUCAGGAAAGUACCAGCCCGACCUGCCUCCUGUCCUGGACAGCUACAGAGGAACACAGAGCAGAACACAGACAUAAAGACGUCCUCAUCGGAUACAGACGCAACACACACACAGCAGUGUUCUGAGGUUUCACAGCAGAGGAAGCCAAGAGGACAAACACACACAGUGGCUCCAUCUCUCUCUCUUCCUGCACGCCCUCUGCUGCAUCUCAGGGGACUGAGGUUGCUCUACCCGUGCCUCUCUCCCCCCCCACAGCCGGACGUUGCAGAUUGAUGAUGCCGCAGCAGUCAAUGGAUCGCUGUGAGGUUUCAGAGAACUACCACAAUCAUAGCCCGGGGGCCCAGGAGAGCCAGCGGCGCCUGGUCAGUGGACUCCUUCUCUGGGUCGGUCUCCUCACCGUCAGCCACGUGGUCUCCAUCACCCUACUCGUCAUCACCAGGCCACACGCACUGCCUCUGCCAGAAAUAGUUUCAGCUCCAAAACCCACAGCAGACUCAUCUCUGAGCAUACCCCUGGAGACACAAAGAGUGCCAUGGCAAAUGCUCACCUUUGAACCCACAAGUAUAGAUGAUAAUGAUGUCUCGGUGGCGAGAAGUGGGAUCAAGUGGAAGACUCAGUCCAAGGCAAAUAAUUUUGUCUCCCUAAAGGGCGGAUCCCUGACCAUCAACCAGGAUGGUUGUUACUUCCUGUAUCUUCAGGUGACUCUGGAGACACCAGAGGUGUCUGGACAGCACAUAGUGAGAGUGAACAAGCCCAACAGAGUCCUGCUGGAAGUAAGGAUGACCAACACCUCCCUCAGCACAGGGUUCCUGGGCAGGGCUGUGGAUCUAGCAGCCUCUGACACCCUCACAGUCACUGUCUCCCCUGGUGCCAGGAUCAACACCAGCUACACCGCCACAUACCUGGGCAUCAUAGGUCCAAAAUUAUAUCUGUAGAUUCUAUUGGAUAUAGACACUCCUGUCUUCAUAGACACAUGCUGGGGGAUAGAUCUGGGAAUCAUUUGGCAGGGGUUGAUUGAAUAGAUCCUGGGGAUCUGGAGUUAACUGGGAUCAACCCAUCAUCUCACCACCUGUCAGAGAGAUGGAGAAGUGGGGAAGAUCAUGUGGGAGACACCGUAUAUUUGACUGAAACUGAUUCAGUCCGACUCCCUGCUCAUCACAGAAGAUUAUUCCACUCCUUUAUCCUCUACCUAGCCUUCCAACUGGUUUUGAGCUGCAAGGAUUUUCUUUCCAGAAUUCUACAGAUUGUUUUAUUUUAUUUUUUAUUUAACCUAUAUUUAACUAGGCAAGUCAGUUAAGAACAAAUCCUUAUUUUCAAUGAGGGCCAACCAAAAUGCAAAAGGCCUCCUGCAGGGAAAGGGGAUUAAAAAUGUAAUAUAAUAAUGCGUCUUGUAAUGUUGGAAAAAUAUGUUUAAAAGUGUUGGUCAUCAUGGGUUAUGGGUUGUACUGUUACUUUAGCAUGUUUCUCUCUUGGAUGAAGUAGCACUGUUUUUAUCGCUCAGGAUUAUAGUUAGUAUGUUUUUCCAGUACCGGUAAAUAUUGUUUUUUAAGCUAUGAACGAGGGGAUUGUUUUAUCAAGUCAUGUGCACAGGGUUGUUGAGAGAAUGCACAGUAUCAACAUAUCUUUAAUGAUUACUUUAAUAUUUGCGUACUGCUUUGUAUUUAAAAUAUGAUUUUUUAAAUAUAUUUAUGUCUUAUUACAAUAUUAUCUUAUUAUUAUUUUCUUAUUUAUUUUAUAUAUCUAUUUUGAAGGACAUGUUGAGUAUGUUGUAGGAUGAGAUGUAGAGAUAGUCAAUUAAUGUAUGUCACUAACCAGGUUCCAUUAAAUCGUUUUAUGCGAGUAAAGUACGUCAGGUAAAACAUUUAAUGACAGGCCUGAUGGAAACGGUAAACCUUCCAAAUGUAGACAAAACAAAAUACGCUAUACAAGGUGGGAUCUUUUUGUGUCGGUAAAAUUAGUUAUGCGAGAAAUGGCAGUGGAAACACCUUUAUGCGCAAAUAUUGAUGUAAUAACCAUUAUAUCGAAGUAAAUUUGGAGUCACGCCAUGAUAAAUGGUGUGGUUCUCCCACUACGACUCGGGAAAGCAUGCAGUUCAUUAGGCUACAGAUUAAAUACAUUAUGAUGAACUUCACAGGGUGGUGAAUGUGCAUGGUGAUGCUCCUUUCCAAUAAAUAUCAACACCUUUCUUCAGGUGACAUGAUGAUCGAUUCUUGGCUGCCUUUUGACAAAUACAAAUAAUAUUGCUCUUAUCCAAUAAUCGCAUAAUGUUGGUAGCCUACGGCACUGUAUCUGCGAGUUGUUGGCUGUUCCAAGAACAGAGUGCACAUUUCCUACUCCAUCAGUAGAGUUGAAAAUGCGAUGGAAACCCAUUUUCCAUUCGGGAGGCUACAUGGGAAUUUAACGGCAGAAGUUAUUGUUAUCUGCACUACGUCCUCAAGCACAGCCUUUUACCCAUAAAAAAAGUAUGUUUGAUGGAAACAUCCCUGGCGGGGGAAUGCACAUUUCGUUUUAGCAGAUUUUAGAAUAUUAGCAUGAAAAUCUAUCGCAAAUUGAAUGGAAACCGACUUUAUAGCGCCAAAUAAGUUAGAAUAAAAUGUACGUUGUUACGAAUUCCACAACGGAAGUUCCUGCUGGGAAACAGGAAUGCAAUCUAUUAUAUUAAGAAAGCACUGGAUUUAUUUUUCUCCAAACAAAUAAAUGAAGUACAGUAUUUGACUUGUAUAUGGCUUUUAUUUCACCUUCAACUAUUGUUUGUUGAAGCCAAAAUGACAGAAAUGUGGACUAAUUCAUGACAUGUUGUGAAAUUAUAUGAAAAUAAAGCACACAUAGAUUUAAGUAUAAUUGUGUCAUACCAACGCUGUGGGGGAUGAGAGCUAUUAUAAACAGAUGUGAAACCACCAGAUGUGAAUCAUUACCAACACAGUGAAAUAAGGGUCAAAUCGAACUACAGAUGUAGGAUCAUCAUUUGAUCCCCCUGUUGCAGAAUAACUUGUAGUAUAUUUGAGGUUUAAAAAGGCUUCUAAAGUUUGUCAUCUCUACACUGAAAUUUCAGACUUGAUUUUCCAUUAAGAAAAAUGUAUAUACAGUCCAUUCAGAAAGUAUUCAGACCCCUGGACUUUUUCCACAUUUUGUUACAUUACAGCCUUACUCUAAAAUGGAUUAAAUUGUUUUCCCCCUCAUCAAUCUACUGUCACGCCCAAACAAUAGAGAGCCCUCUGGGUUCUAGCGUUUGUAUUUCUAUGUUGGUGGUUUGUAUGGUUCCCAAUUAGAGGCAGCUGGUAAUUGUUGCCUCUAAUUUGGGAUCAUAUUUAGGUAGCCCUUUUUCCCAUCUGUGUUUGUUGGGAUAUUGUUUUGUGUGAGUGCAUUCUGCACCACAUAGUUCACGGUCGUUGUGUGUUUAUUGUUUUG